AUGGAUUGCGAGACCACCGACGUGGUCAUUUGCGGCUGCGGCCCAACAGGGGCUAUGCUCUCCGCGUAUCUGGGGCAGAUGAGUAUUCCCAACAUUGUUUUGGAGAAGGGAGCAGAGAUCACCACAGACCCUCGUGGUAUUGCCUUGGAUGAAGACGGUAUUCGUCUUUUACAGGGCGCUGGGUUGUAUCCAUCAGUAUACACGGAAAUUGGGACUUGCAUGCACAAGUUCAAAUUCAUUGGAGGAACCGAUCUGGUUUUGGACAAGCGAGCAUUCAUUGAGAUGGACUAUGGGACAACCGAGGGUAGCACGGGUCAUGUAGGCUUCAUCUGUCACAAACAGCCCGCAUUAGAGAGAUGUUUGCGAGACACGAUGGCAUCGUCCAAAUAUUGCGACCUACGGUCGAACAGCGAGGUUAUCAGUCUCUCAGAGGAUGACCAGGGAACAAUUUGUCAAUACCGUGAUGCCAAAGGUCAAGAACGUCGGAUUAGAUCUCAAUUCUUCAUCGGUGCUGAUGGUAAGACCGGCUUCACGCGGAAGCAGUAUCUCGAACCCCGAGGGAUCCUCAUGGAGCAGGCCCACCAAUCAUUCUACGAAGAGACUUGGGUAGCGUUGAAUUGGAAAAUUAGUCUUCCAAACGAGAAGACUCAUCCUGACUUUGCAUUAUGGAGACUUGGAUAUACACCCGAACAAGUGUACGACCUUUUCUUCCCACUCAACUUCCGAUUCAUCUGUAAUCCAAACCGGCCGUCCGUAUGCGGAAGAUUUGGACUCCCAUCGGAUCGUCUAUGGAGAUUUGAAUUUGUUGUGGGGAAAGGUGAGGAUGGAGACGAGAUGGCAGAGCCAGGAAUGAUCAAGAAGGUGGUCUUUCCCUACAUCACGCACCCUGGCAGACGCUAUGGGCUCUUACAGGACGUUCAAUUUCCCGAGGAUUGCAUUCAAGUUCUGCGGUCGCGGCCAUUCAGGUUUUCAGCCAGGAGCUGUAACAGAUGGUCUGAUGGCCGAGUUGUGCUCUGCGGCGAUGCAGCCCACGUGUUUCCACCUUUUGGAGGUCAAGGAAUUGCAUCUGGCUUCCGUGAUGCCGUUUCACUCGCCUGGCGCCUUGCUGUGCUCUGUCGCAUCCAAGAAGACAAGCCCAACUUCCACGAACAGGUUUUAAAAGCCUGGUAUGAGGAGCGGAAGCAACAACUUGAAAAGUCUUUAUCCUCGACUAUUGAAAAUGGCAAGUUUGUCACGGAGAGUAAUCCGUUCAAAAUCUGGAUACGAAACGUGUACCUUUGGUUUGUUCAGCUGGUACCAUCCUGGCGACAUGAACUGUCGCUCGGUAGACGAAAGGAAGGUCUGGUGCGUUACGAACAUUUGCCGGGAAUGCCAUUCAUGGCUGAACACAAUGGUGGCCUGUGCCUGCCUCAAGUCUAUUGCAGGUCACUGCAAGGAUCUGACACAGAAGUGAAAUUCACAGACGACAUCAUAUUUGGACAAGGAAAGACCGGGAUGUUCCAGCUCUUGGUCUACCUCAAGACACUCGACGAAGUUGCUUCGGCUCGAGAGGUGGUGUCUAAUAUCGGUGACCUCUCCCAUGGUCUUAUACGUGAUGAUGAGACCACUUUUCUCGUGGAGGAUAUGGCGGCUGCUUCAAGCAAAAUUGAUCAAGAUCUCUUCCGACUUGCUUCGGGAGAAGAGUUUGCUCAAUCGAAGCUCUGUGAAAACAGGCCAGAGCCAAAAUUCUACGAUCCAUUCUGCUUGAGAAAAGCCUUCGAGGGAAGACGAUACACUAUAAUUCGGCCAGAUAGAUUCAUAUUUGCAUCUUGCAACAGCAGAGAGGAGCUGAGAACGAUAGCCAGGGCUGCAGCUGCACACGUUCAAGGAUCAGAAGCGAGUUAG